CAGCAAAUGCCUCCGCAACAAAUGGGUUCGAGCUAUCAGUUCUCAGCCCAGCCUCAAGUCAUCAGGACAGGUCAACAAAUGAGAAGAGACCCUUACAAAGACUUCAUCAAAAUUGCUCCCCAAAAUAUCAUGCACGACCGAAGAGUUGUCAGAGGAAAUACCUUCGCUGCCAUCGUGAUCCCAACGAGUCUGCAGCCAGAUCCCGUCUUGGCCGAGAAACAGCGAGAACAGCAGCUCGAAAGGAAGUACCGCAUGGAGAGACUCCGCAAGAAGCGGGAUGAAGAACUCACUCGCAAAAGACUCGAAGACGAAGAGCAGCAGUACGAGCGAGAGCGAGAACUCGAACACCAGAACGACUGGGAAGAGCUCGACGACUUCGAGAACAUGGCUGACGAAGCAGAGCUCGAGCCCGACUACUACAUCGACAAGCCUCCGACUCCAGUCUUCAUGGAGAACGAAAAAGGAGUCGACCAAGAAGUCCAGGUCAACGACAAAGAACUCUACGAUUUUGAAUUGGAAGUGGAACCCAUCCUCCAGGUGUUGAUCGGCAAGGCUUGCGAGAACGCCAGAGUCGAAGUCAUCGAAGAGUGGGAGAAAGAGCAGCUGCUCGACCACAAGAAGAAGUUCCUCAUUAUCAAAGAAGCCGAACUCAUGGAGACUCAGAGAAUGGAAGCAGCCAGAAACCGAAGAAGGAGAGAAGCCGAACGCAGGUAUGCCAACUUCAGAACAGCCAAAGGUCAGGUCGGCUGGUCCAACCAGAAAAUGUGAGCCAGGUUGAUGGCCAAGAAGUUCAUGGGACUGUUCAAACGGGACACAUUCCAAGAACUCGAAGACGUCGGAAUUCUGAGGUCUCCAACUGAUCAUGCCAUGCAGUCAAGGUUCUUGCCAGCUCUGCACAACCAAACCAGAGCUGAACUCAUCCGCAACAACGAGUUUACUGAAGGAGUAGACGGCCUCAUCAUGAUGAUUCUGAGAGGGAAUGCCAGAGAGCAUAAGCAGUCGAUUCAAAAAGAGUACAAGCGCAGAGAAGAAAAGAAGCGCCUCGAGUUCAUUGCACAGAAGAAGAAAGACGAAGAACGCAGAAAGCGCAGAGAACAAAGAGCAGCAGCCAGAGAAAAAGCCAGAGUGCUUGAGCUCCAUAAGAAAGUCAUCAGUUCCACAAUCGAGCCAUCCAAAGUGGAAGAGAAGUUCGAGCCAGACAAGAUGAAGGUCUUCGAUGUCAGAGACCCUGAAGGAACUGGAGAUGGCAUUUACCUUAUCGGUGGAAUGGUUGUCGAAAUCAUGACCACAUUUACGUGUUUGCUCGAUUACAUUCAGGCCAACCCACAAAACCAGAACUUCCGUUUUUCGUAUGACUCUUUGAUCGAGUACUUGAAGGGCUUGCUGCUUGGUAACAACUUCCCAGAUGGAGCCAUCACACUGCAUGUCAGUGAGAAAGACGAAGAAGAUGGAGUCCUUGCAGAAGAACUUGACGAAAAGAAGUUCUUGAGACACUGUUUGAGGCCUUCCACAAUCAACGACUACGGCCUCGGGUUCUUCAUCGACAUCUGCAAAGAGAUGGUGAUUUCGAUCGACUUUAUUGACUGAUUCUACAGAGCAAUCAUCAAAAUAUCGAGGACCCAACCUCAAGAACUGGUCGAGGUUCCGACAAUACCAGAAACACAGGAGGAUGGCACUCCGCUGUCUGAGGAGGAGAAGCAAACGAUAGAGAAGCAGAUUCAGGAAGCAAAGACACAGAAUGAAGCAAUUGAAAAGGAAAACCAGGUGUUGGAGCAACUCAAGUCAAAGAUCAAAAUUGAAUAUAGAGACCAUGAUUACAAUGAAAGCAACGAAUGUGCAUUAAUCAAAUUAUCAAACUUCAGAGAAACCCCAAAAGAGCCUCAGCUAACAGAAAGUCCUAAGAAGCCAAGUGAAAGGCAUUUAGAUACUAGUGUUAAUCAAGAUAAUUUGGAUGAUAGCAAAAUUGAAAGUGUAAAAUCUCAAGAAAAGGAAGAGGGCACUUUUGAAGAUGUGCCUACAAAAGUAAUCCUUGUUUCUCCUGAUCUUGAUGACGAACACCGCACUAUCAUUGUUCAUACUGAAGCCCAAAUGGGUCUCCGUAAACUUCUGAUUGAUACUGCUAAAAAGCAUUUUAAAGAAUUAGAGAAGCUUGAUGCUAAUUCUGUCUUCACACACUCUAAAAACAAAUCAGAACUUCUUGAAGAUCGUUUCCUUGACCAUGCGAGGAAGAACUUCAUGCAUGAAAGCGCUGCAACUCCAGGAAAGCCAAAGCCAGUGCCCAUCUUUGAGUUCCAGAACAACACUCCUCCUGCUCCUGACCAAGAGCCUGCACCAGCUCCUCAGCCAGAGUAAUAGAGACAUGAGGGUAUGUAGAAAUGAUCUAUAAGAUUUGAAAGUAAACACCUGCUUUAUUUAAUAUGCUUAGCUUAUAAAUUUAGCAGAUAGGCUUUUAGUUGGCUUUUAAAGAAGGAGAAUGCCUUAACCUGUUUAUAAAUUACUGAACAAAAGGUCAAUCUUUAAAGAUCAAUUCUCCCAAACUAUAACGCUUAAGCCUCGACUAGAAACAUAUUUUUCCUUACUCCCAUUUUCCUCAACUCUAAACUCACUAAAUACAUGUAGAUCCCAAUUAAAUUUCAAGAUGAACA